CAUGCAAUUGCAUUACACUUGGAUUAGUGGGCGCUCUCACCUCAAAAAGUAGAUGUCAACAUUAACGGUAGCAUGUUAUCUGCCCUCAGACAUCGUGUCCUUAUGCGGCCUGCUCCGCACUGUAGGCCCAGGUUUGGAUUGCUUAGUGAUACCACACAGCUCAUAAAUCACCGUCCUGCUGUGGCCGCAAUGGUGAAUGUUAGGCAUCGCAGCAGCACGUCACCACACCAAUGUCGAGCUGUCAUAUUUGACCUUGGAGGAGUGGUGUUCCCUCAACCACAGAGAUUUUUCAAUGAAUUUGAGACCGCACAAGGCCUUCCAAUAGGUUUCAUGGAGAGUGUCAUCUCAGAGAGAGGGCGGGCGGGAUCAUUUCGAUGUCUAGAGAGGGGAGAGAUUGAUCUUCCAAAGUUUAUACCAUUAUUUGACAAGGAAUGCUCAGAAAAGGUUGGCAGGUCGGUGGACCUUGGUAGAGUGAUGCAGAUCCUGACUAACACCAAGUCAAAGCACACUCCAUACCCACAGAUUAUAGAUGCAAUUCAAUGCAUUCGUGCUGAGGGGCUCAAAACUGCACUUCUAACCAAUAACUGGUUCAUUCGUGGAAAGGAGUCGUUCUGUCCAGUCGACAUGAGUCUUUUCGAUGUGGUGAUGCAGUCAGCGAAACUUGGCGUGGCAAAACCUGAUCCUGCGAUUUAUGAGCAGACGCUUGGCAAGCUUCACUGUGCGCCAGAGGAAGCGAUAUUCCUGGAUGACAUUGGGCAGAAUCUAUCUCCCGCACGCAAGAUGGGCAUCAAAACCAUCAAGGUAGAGAACCCAGCACAGGCGUUGCGUGAGCUGCAUGCAGAACUAGGAUUCCCUCUCGCUGGAUUCGUGCCGGGGACAACGGCCGUCGGUGAAAACUACCAGCUACCCGUCGACCGCCUGCUCACGUACAUGCGAGACGUCGCAGGCAUCGAGGUAGAUGGCGCCACCGUGAACCUGCGACAGUUCCGGCACGGCCAGUCUAACCCCACGUACUUCUUCGGGUGCGGCGGACGGAACUACGUGCUCAGGAAGAAACCGCCGGGAAAGCUUCUGCCAUCAGCGCAUGCUGUGGAGAGAGAGUUCCGAGUGAUGAGGGCGUUGGAGUGCCAUGGUGUGCCCGUGCCCAAAUGUCUAUUUCUGUGUGAGGACUCCAGUGUUAUAGGAACGCCAUUUUACAUGAUGGAGCACGUACCAGGUCGCAUAUUCAAAGACCCAUUGUUGCCCAACAUGACCCCUGUGGAACGCAGUGCUAUCUACACGGCAAUGUGUGAUGUGCUAGUAAAAAUACACCUAGUGAAUAUAGAGAGAGCCGGACUUCAAGAUUAUGGCAAACCUGGUUCGUACUGGGAGCGGCAGCUGAGUACGUGGGGCAGGCAACAUGAGGCGAGUAAGUUGCAGAAUGUGCCGGAGAUGGACGCGCUCAUGGCCUGGCUGAGAGAACACCUGCCCGCAAUCACCGCAAAAGAACGCAGGAGCAUUGUACAUGGAGAUUUCAGGCUUGAUAAUCUCAUAUUUCAUCCGACGAAGCCUGAGGUGGUGGCAGUGCUAGACUGGGAGCUGUCCACGCUAGGUGACCCCCUUGCUGACCUCGUCAAUGACUGCGUCGUUUACCACACCAAGCCCAACAUGCCACACAUCCGAGGUUUCGGCGAUGUGGACCUAAAAUUGUUUGGCAUCCCAUCAGAGGAAGAGUUUUUGAAGCUAUAUUGUCGCCGUGCUGGUCUCAUGCGCAUCAACAACUGGAACUACUACGUCGCCUUCCUGUUCUUCCGCUACUGUGGCAUCGCGCAGGGCAUUUACAGCAGGUUCUUAAAGGGUCAGGCAGCUGGUGCAAAUGCAGAGAUGUUAGGCGCUUACGCUAGGCAGCUAGCCAAGAUCGGACUCGAGUACACCAGGCAGGGAGUGCCCAAGGCACCUAAGAGUACGAAGGUCGGCACAAGGUCGUACUCCAGCCUGGCAUCAUCUCCCAUUCCACGGGUAUCGCAGCACAGGCACUACACCAUGGAGACGGGUUCUGCUCAGUCGGCGGAUGGUAACGGCCUAUUGCCUAUCACAGUAGCAGCCUUAUCACCCCGUGCCCAAGAUUACCACAGACGGGUGAAAAUCUUCAUCAGGGACAACGUAGCAAACUGGGAGAAUGAGUACAUGCAAUACCAAACGCAGCCAGACACGAGAUGGACGGUGCAUCCCAGACUAAGGCAAAUCCAAGCCAGAGCUAGAGAGGCAGGUCUUGCUAACCUGUUUGUCACACGCGAGUCAGAUCCACAGCAGAUAUAUGGAGCUGGGCUCACCAACGUUGAAUACGCACACAUCUGCGAACUCAUGGGAAUGUACUUGCUUGCACCAGAGGUGUUUAACUGUCAGGCGCCUGAUACGGGUAACAUGGAAACGCUGAUGAAGUAUGCGACGGAGGAGCAGAAGCAGCAGUGGCUUGUGCCGAUGGUGGAAGGACGCAUACGCUCUUGCUUCGGCAUGACAGAACCACAGGUUGCUUCAUCAGAUGCGACUAAUAUACAAUCGUCGAUCACAAGAGAUGGCAACGAAUACAUCAUAAACGGACACAAGUGGUGGACGUCCGGAGCCAUGCAUCCAGACUGCAAGCUGUGUGUCUUCAUGGGGAAGACUGAUCCGAGCGCGGACAAGCACAAGCAGCACACAAUGAUCCUCAUACCGAUGGAUGCCCCCGGGGUCAAGGUCAUCCGUCCGCUCACCGUGUUUGGGUUUGAAGAUUCGCCAGAGGGCCAUGCCGAAGUGUUGUUUAAGAACGUGAGAGUGCCCGCAUCGAACAUACUGCUUGGUGAAGGUCGCGGGUUUGAAAUUGCGCAGGGCAGGCUUGGACCAGGACGGAUCCACCACUGCAUGCGGCUCAUCGGAAUGUCAGAGAGAGCUCUCCAGCUGAUGGUGCAGCGUGUACUCACGCGCGAGACGUUUGGACAGAAGAUUGCUGAGCACGGCACGAUACAGGCGGACAUUUCUCAAUCUCGCAUUGAGAUAGAGCAAGGUCGGCUGCUCGUGUUGAAGGUCGCACUCAUGAUGGACACAGUCGGCAACAAGAAAGCUGCGUCGGAGAUCGCCAUGAUCAAGGUCGUGGCUCCCCUCAUGGCACAGCACGUGCUCGACCGCUCCAUUCAAGCGUUCGGGGCAGCGGGUGUGUGCGGGGACUGGCCCCUCGCGCACAUGUGGGCGGCGGCGCGGGCGCUGCGGCUGGCAGACGGACCAGACGAGGUGCAUAGACGCAGCGUCGCGCGCCUGGAGCUCCGCAAGUCCAAGCUGUAGUCAUGGCAAUGAGACGGUCGCCUAAUCACUGCCUACUGCAGAGAAGAUAUAGUCAGAAUGAAGAUGUGCCUGAGAAUGAAUGCACUGCCACAAGGUAGAUAGGAUGAAGAUGAAGCCACAUUAGGGGCAAAGCCUGGUGUAUAUAAUAAUGGAGAGACACGAUCGAUCGAUGUCACAGUAAUUUAGGCAGGAAUACUAUUAUAACAUUUUCAAUAACUGGAUCAGAGUGUUUAUAUCCGAUAGGAUGGUUAUGAUUGCAGCUAUAGCUAACGGCACGCAGGUGUGAGGAAUAGAUAAUGUACAAUCCAUUAAAAUUGUAAAAUCGUGGCUGAUCCAGUUACAUAUCAUCAAGAAUCCAUAAUACAUGUAAUAGAACAUUUCUAUUAUGUACUCUUGAUGAUCUCAUCACACCGGCCACUCCUCUUUUAAUGGUAAAUGAAGAAUGGUAGCUAAUAGCAUGAUGUGCUCAGGAAUAACUGCACUGUAUUUCAUUCAGUCCACAUUUUUCACUGUAUCUAAUAAAUUGUGCAAUAAUGAAUAUAACUGAAUACUUGCAUUCAUAAAAGCUGCACAUCAGUUAACAAGUGUUUUUUUUAAUAUAUAAUUGCAUCAUCAAGUCAUAAUUGAAGACAAAUGUUUUGCUAAGAAAAUCAUGACACUCCUAGUUGCAAUGUUGGAUGGAUUCACUACAAACAAGUAAUUAGCUAUUGUGAAAGUUGUAAUAUGUAAAAAAAUAAAUGUUAUGAAGGAAAUUA